AUGCCCCCCUCUUCCGGCCGCAACUCCCCAUCCCCAACGGAUGGCCUAAUCGCCGCAUCCACGUCCUCUUCCGAAGCCGAGCUCAAGCUGCCUCCGACCCCUUCCUCCACCUCCUCCGACUUCCGCAUCUCCGACUCCGACGAUGCCGCCUCCGCCCUACACCUCGGCCAAAUCGGCCCCAUAGACGGCGACUCCGACGACGAAAAUGACGAAUGGCAGCUCCUCCCCACGCAGCGCAGCAAGACGACCCACCCGCUAGCCCACAAGACGCACGCCCGCCUCGCCGACAUGGGCCGCGACUACGCCGAGAACGCGCUGGGGCUGCGCGACGAGCGGGAUAUUCGGCAUUUUAGGAUGGGCGCUAUAGCGGCGGGCUUGUUGGAUAGGGCCAAGGCCGAGGGCGCGUCGGCGGCGGAUUUGAGGGACAUGUAUGAUGAGGUGGAGGGGUUGGAGGAGGGGGAGAAGAUGGCGCUUGUUAGGGAGGGGACGCAUAAGUGGAGGCAGCCGCUGAUGCUGUACUACGUUGUUGCGAAUGAGACUGUUGUAAACGGCGCGCAGUCCAUAUACAAGGACCAAUUCGGCAUCGGCGGAGAUUCGUACCGGGAUACCUGGCUUCUCGGACUGACGAAUGCUGCUCCAUACCUGUGCUGCGCCUUCAUCGGGUGUUGGUUGACGGAGCCUAUGAACAAGGUCUUCGGGAGGCGAGGUACCAUCUUCAUCUCUUGCGCUGUGUCUGCUUUCGCAUGUAUUUGGCAGGCCUUUACGAACAGUUGGCAGGCCAUGUUCGUCUCCCGCUUCAUCCUUGGUCUAGGGAUCGGGCCCAAAUCUGCUACAGCUCCUAUCUUUGCGGCCGAAUGCGCACCCAAGGAGAUUCGUGGGGCGUUGACCAUGCUGGGCUACAUCGCCGACCUCGCUUUCCUUGACGUCCCGGACAACGGCAUCACCGGCCUCGCCUGGCGCCUCAUGAUGGGCAGCGCCGCUAUCCCCGCCCUCGUCGCCUGCGCCCUCGUCUUCCUCGGCCCCGAAUCCCCCCGCUGGUUCCUCACCAAGAACCGCCACGACCAGGCCUACCACGCCAUGGUGAAGCUGCGCUCGACCAAGGUGCAGGCCGCGAGAGAUCUCUUUUACGCGCACACUCUCCUCAAAACCGAGCGGGACAUCGAGGGGGCCAAGUCGAGCAGGAUCGGGGAGCUGGUUAGGCAUCGGAGGAAUCGGAAUGCGCUUUUGGCGUCGGAGAUUGUCAUGUUUAUGCAGCAGUUCAGCGGUGUCAACGUUAUUGCGUAUUAUUCGUCGGAAAUCUUUUUGUCGGCCAACUUUUCGCAUCGGGAUGCGUAUACGGCGUCUUUGGGGUUUGGAAUAAUCAAUUUUGUCUUUGCCAUGCCGGCGUUUUAUACCAUCGACACGUUUGGUAGGCGAUACCUUUUGCUCGCCACGUUUCCGAUGAUGGCGGCGGCCCUCCUCUUCACCGGCUUCAGCUUCCUUCUCCCCCAAGCAACAGUAAUCCAAAUCGUCUGCAUAGCCGCCGGCAUCUACGUCUUCGGAAUGGUCUACUCCCCCGGCGCGGGCCCCGUCCCCUUCACCUACUCAGCCGAAGCGUACCCCCUCCGCCUGCGCACCCUCGGCAUGUCCAUCGCCACCGCCACGACGUGGUUUUUCAACUUCGUGCUGGCCGUCACCUGGCCCAGCCUGCAGGCGGCCUUCACCAACGUCGGCGCGUUCACGUGGUAUGCGGCGUGGAACGUGGCCGGGUUCUUCAUGGUGCUGUUCCUCGUGCCGGAGACGAAGGGAAGGACGCUAGAGGAGCUGGAUGCAGUGUUCGAUGUGCCGUUGGGGGAGAUGGUGAGGUAUGGAAAGGAGGAGGUGGGGUAUUGGGUGCAGAGGCGGUUGUAUGGGCGGAAGGAGGCGAGGGAGCCGGCUGUGCCGAGGAGGGGGGAUAGGCGGAGGGACGGGGUCAUCCCGCUGCCGGCUCAUCUACAGACGCUUCCUCUCACUAUCACGACCAUGUCUGUCGCCGAGGACCUCCUCGAAUGGGCUGCGGCCAAAGGCAUCGUCCUCAACGGCAUAUCUCCGCAACGGAUUCCAGGUCAGGGUAUAGGAGUCCUAGCGACCCGUCCCAUAAAAGCAGGAGAAGUCAUCCUAAAAGUCCCCCUCACAGCCUUCCACACACACACCUCCAUCCCGCCCACAAUCUCCCGCAAACUUCCCCGCAUCAGCAUCCACGGCCUCCUAGCCGCCUCCCUCGCCCUCAUCUUCGCCAACGACGACUACCCCACCGCCCCCUGGCGCGCCGUCUUCCCGUCUCUCUCCGACUUCCGAGCCUCCACGCCUUUCUUCUUCCCCGAGGAGCUGCAACUCUAUUUACCGGGGCCGGCGAGGGAUCUCGUGCGCGCGCAGAGGGAAAAGUUCGCGGCGGAUUGGGCGAUAGUGGAAGCUGCUUUCGGUGGCGUGCUGAGUAGGGAGAGUUAUGCGUGGCAUUGGUUUUUGGUUAAUACGAGGUCUUUCUACCAUGUUACGCCGUCGACUAGAUCUUUGCACCCUUCGGAUAGGAUGGUCAUGAUUCCCGUGGCGGAUCUGCUCAACCAUGCCUCCUCCGGGUGCAAGGAGACGUUUUCGUCCUCGGGCUUAACCAUCACGGCCGAUAGACCCUACGGUGUCGGUGAGGAAGUGUACAUCUGCUACGGGCGCCACAGCAGCGACUUCCUCCUCGCAGAAUACGGCUUCGUGCCCCAGAACAAUUCAUGGGACGAGAUCUCUCUCGACGAAGUCCUCGAACCGCGCAUCGACGCCCGCGGAAGGAAGGUCCUCGAGGAUCUGAGGUUCUGGGGGCGGUACAGGCUCGAUGAGGGCGUGGCGGGGUGUUAUCGGACGCAGGUGGCGCUGAGGGUCGCGUGUGGGGUGGGUUGGAGGGCGUUUGUGGAUGGGUGGGAGAGUGGUAGGGAGGCGCAGAGGAGGGUGGAUGCGUUUUUGGGCGAGGAGGUGUUGAGGGGGUAUUUGGGGGUUAUUGAGGGGAGGAUAGAGGAGUUGGAGGGCAUGGACGUUGGGUUGAGGGAACAGAGGGAAGUUUUGCUAAGGAGGUGGGCACAAAUCGGGGUGCUGGUUGCGCGGACGAGGCAGAGGUUGAAGGAGGGAAAGUGA